GGGGGAGUGGAAGGUCUAGCUGCAGCACAUAGAGUUGAAUGAGUGAACUUUCUUUGCUAGUUUGUGCGGCUCCUAUGUCCCGAUCCCAGUGAUCUCAGCCAGGCUCCUCCAUCCAUCUCCUAUACAAGAUGCUGCAGAAGGAUCGCAGGUCUCCUGUCACCAUGUCCCUGUGGAUUAUAUUACUGGGGGGCAGCCUGAUUGCCGGCUACUUCCCUGCUGCUGCUUCUGCUGCCGGAGCUUCUCCUCGUAAGCAGGAUGAGUCUUUCUCCACGAUGAGUGUCUAUAGAGCCAGAUGUACGUCCAGGUGUCUGAGCCUGCACAUCACUCGCAUCUCUGCAUUCUUCAAACACUUCCAGAACAACGGUUCUUUGAUUUGGUGCCAGAAUCACAAGCAAUGUUCAAAGUGCUUGGAGCCAUGCAAGGAAAACUGGGACUUGAAAAAGAAUAGCUGCCAAAGUCUCUGUGAGCCGCUGUUUCCCAAGAAGCACUAUGAAUGUUUAACCAGCUGUGAGUUUCUCAAAUCCAUCGUGUCGGCGAAGCAAGGUGAAUGCCCGGCUCCAGAAAAAGCCAGUGGAUUUGCAGCGGCUUGUGUUGAAAGUUGUGAUGCAGAUAAUGAAUGCUCUGGGGUAAAGAAGUGCUGUUCGAAUGGAUGUGGACACACAUGCCAAGUACCUAAAAACUUGUAUAAAGGUGUUCCUUUGAAGCCAAGGAAGGAACUCAGCUUCAGUGAACUCCAACAUGGAAAUCUUGAAAUUAAAUGGUCUUCAAAAUUCAACAUUUCUGUUGAGCCAGUGAUCUAUGUGGUGCAGAAAAGAUGGAAUUAUGGGAUACAUCCAAGUGAGGAUGAUGCCACACCAUGGCAAACGGUUGCACAGACUACAGAUGAAAGGAUACAACUUCCUGAUGUUAGACCGAGCAGGUGGUAUCAGUUUCGAGUCGCUGCUGUGAAUGUCCAUGGAACACGAGGCUUUACGGCACCCAGCAAACAUUUCCGUUCAUCUAAAGAUCCAUCAGCUCCACCAGCACCGACUAAUCUCAGAAUCAUCAAUUCCACUACAAACAAUGAUGGUACAACAACUGUACGAGUUAUAUGGGAUUUGCCAGAGGAGCCAGAUAUACCUGUGCAUCAUUAUAAAGUUUUUUGGAGUUGGACUUCACAUAGUAAAUCUGUUGUUCAAACCAAGAAGAAGCGUAGGAAGACAACAGAAGGGAACCAGAAUUAUGUGACUCUAGAAGGAUUGCAGUCAAACAGCAAUUAUAUGGUUGAGAUUCAAGCCAUUACAUAUUGGGGACAAGUCCGUUUGAAAAGUACAAAGGUCUCACUAUAUUUCUCCUCUGGGCCAUCAAGUUCCAGUAAGGAUCAAGUAUCAAAAGUCAGCAAAAUGAAGAGUGAUACUCUAGUUUCACCUCAAAGAAAGCGCACGGCUCACAUGCUCGAAAUUGGAGCCCCAUUCUACCAGGAUAAUCAACUUCAGGUCAAAGUGUACUGGAAAAAGAAUGAAGAUCCUCUUAUGGGGCUUUACCAUAUACAAUGGCAUCCUGAAUCAUGUACACAUAAUGAAACCAAAGAACCAGAGAAAGCAAUAACUCAAGACCACCACAUAAUACUACCAGCAUUAAUGUUUUCCUGCAAAUACAAAGUUACAGUACAACCAGCCAGAUCUAAAGGCCAUCUAAAGGCUGAAAGUAUUUUCUUCACAACUCCUCCCUGUUCAGCGCUGAAAGGCAAAAACCACAAACACAUCAACUGUCCAACCAAUGGAGGACAAGUUGUCUCAAAAGUGUUGGCUAAACCUGAGAAUCUGUCAGCUUCAUUUAAUGUCGAGGAGGGAAACAUUACUGGACAUUUUUCAUGGAAACUUUCCAAAGUAAAUCUUCACCAGCCUAUGACAGGAUUCCAGGUCACAUGGGCAGAAGUCACAACAGAAAGCCGACAAAACAGUUUACCGAACAGCAUAAUUUCUCAGUCUCAGAUAUUGCCUGCGGACCAUUAUGUUUUGACCGUUCAUAAUCUUAGACCCUCAAUGCUCUACCGAUUGGAAGUCCAAGUAUUAACAACAGGGGGAGAGGGUCCAGCAACAAUAAAAUCCUUCCAAACUCCAGAUGUAAUUCCAUCAUUACCUCAUAGGCCUCGUGGGAAACAGCAUCAUCCUCAUCAUUACAAGUCAUCUUCAGAUAAAAUUUGAACAAUUGCUAUUAGACUUAUAAAAAUUGAACUUUGCAUGACAUAAAACCCACCUAGAAGGACAAUGCAUCAUUUUCCUGAAGACAUAUGGAAUUUAAAACAGCCAUUUCUGCAUUUGUGUUCUGGACCUUCGGUGUGGCUUCUUCUCAAGUCCCAGUAUGCAACGUGUAGCAUUUAUUUUGAAGGAUAGAUUUCAGCUACUUGUGUUGCUUUACUUUGUAUUUUACAUGGAUUGUAAAAAAAGUGCUGUGUAUGGCACUUUUUUUUCCUUUGUACCGAUUAUUCCUUGUAGGUAUUGGUUUGUGAAUAUUAUAUUUUGUAAAUACUGCUAAGUGUAAGAACAAAAAAUAAUUAUAAAAGGAACAGGAAGGAGGCCAGUAUAAAUGAUGGAAGCAAUAAGAGAUGCAAAAGACAGAGUUGCAAAACAAUAGCCAGAGAAGGUUUUAAGGGUUGCGAAAGCCUGACUGUUUCAUAGAAAGAAAUUGGACAAUUUGCUUCCAGUGGGUAUAUUUGCCCCAUAAUGUCAUACCUAUCUUGUAUAGCUUCAGAUUUCAAAUAAUCUGCUGCUAUGGGUGCUUCUUCAAACUGCAGAGAGAAGAGAAACCUUCAGCAGAGCAUUCUUUAAAACUCUUAGCUACACAGAGUACACAUGGGACAUCUAGUUUACCUCUUAGAUGUGAUACAACAUUGAGGGGCAGUUAAUAAAUUGACAAACGAUCAUGUUUUGUGAUGCACUGCACCUUUUCAGCUGCCAUUUUUAUGACACCUUGCUGUUUGUGCUGUCCACAAAUGUCUGCCAUUGAGUGGGAUUUGUGUUUGCCCACUCUGACCUGGAAAACCCGAUUUUUAGCCAGACCAGUCGACCCAAAAUACAUUUAAGAUUUGUUUCUGAUUGCACUGCCAUUCUUCACUCACCCAUUUGUUAACUAAACUUUUCUAUCUUUAUAAGUACAAUCAUGACUACAAGAAUUGUUUUGAGAUAAAUGGCAUAUAUUCACUCCAGUAAGGUGGAUGUUCCCUUAUUUAAUUUAACUCAGGUCCCUAGUAUUUGAAAACACAUAGCAUAGCAUAGCAUAGCAUUUCUUGGACUUGGGAAAAUACAGUGGACAAUAGUAGAUGUGUAUAGCCAUAUUGUAUUACCAGCCAUCAGAAGAGUGCCUGUAUAGUUCAUAGCUACACAUCAAAAGCCAAUCGAUAAAAAUUGUAAUUCACUCUUGUUCUUUGUAAUAGUUUAUUACAUUGCAAGACAAAAUAUGGUCACCAUGUGAUGCUUUAAAAAUUACUUUCACAAUUUAUAUGUCGUAUACAGUGCUGCAUUUAGUAGAAUUUAUAAUUAUUUUUCAUUCAAAUAUAUAUUAUAAUAUAUAUAAAUCUAUAUAUAUUUUUUUUUCUGAGUUGCAACACAAUGUCUUCCAAUUGUUACCUAAUUUUGACCCAAAAUAUUACGCUAUGCUUUCUUAUGAUAAUUUCAUACAGUUAAUGCAAUGGCUUCAAAAUAAUUGAAUCAACUCAUUGGUAGUUUAUUGAUUGGUAGACUUUAGAUUUCAAUUGUCACAUUUUUGUUUUUAAACUUUGCAUUGCACGUAAAAUAUAGCACUCCUUUUAUUUUUAUAUGUAUGUAAAAUAAGGAUUUUAUGGUAAGUACAUAAAGUGAUAAUGGGGUUUUCGGAUAUCAAAAAAAAAAAAAAAA